UCAUUGUUGUGAUUUUUUGUUACUGAAAAAAAAUCAUCAAACAAAAUAUAUAAGAUCAGCGAUGAAUUUGUUACAUUUUUAAAUAGACCUAAAAAGGAAAGUGUUGUUGGUGGUUUAUAUAUCAUUGUUUGAUUUUUUGUAUAUAAAGUUGUAUAUUGAUCUUUUAUAUAUAAAAGUAAAAUGCUUUAUUUACUAAUAAUUUCUCAAAUUGUUGGGUUGUAUACACUUGAUAAUGGAUUGGCAAGGACUCCACCAAUGGGUUGGUUGCAAUGGGAAAGAUUUCGAUGUAUUAUUGAUUGUGAAACAUAUCCUGAUCAGUGUAUUAGUGAAAAUCUUUUCAAGCGCACAGCAGACAAGUUGGUUUCAGAUGGGUAUGCCAAACUAGGAUACAAAUAUGUCAAUAUUGAUGAUUGUUGGCCAGAACUUCAGCGUGAUUUAGAUGGCAAUUUAGUUGCAGAUAAAAAAAGAUUCCCUAACGGAAUUAAAGCUCUAGCUGACUAUAUUCAUAAUCAUGGUUUAAAGAUGGGUAUUUAUACAGAUUUUGGAACAUUGACUUGUGGAGGUUACCCUGCUAGUAUUUUUCACAUGCAAAAAGACACUCAGAUUUUUUCAAAUUGGGGAGUGGAUAUGGUUAAACUUGAUGGUUGUUAUGCGUGUGAGAGUUUAUAUGCUGAUGGUUAUAAAGCAUUUGGAUGGUAUAUGAAUCAAACAGAAAGACCAAUGCUUUAUUCUUGCAGUUGGCCCGCAUAUGUUGAAAAAAAUAAACCUUAUGCUGAUAUUGCUGAUCACUGCAAUAUUUGGAGAAAUUGGGAUGACAUUCAGGAUUCUUGGGAUAGCGUAUUGAGUAUCAUAAACUACAAUGGAGAUCAUCAAGAUGAAAUAAUUCCUUAUGUUGCUCCUGGCAAGUUUAAUGAUAUUGAUAUGUUGCUGAUUGGGGAUUACAGUCUUAGUGAAAGCCAAUCCAAAGUUCAAUUUGCCCUCUGGUCUAUCCUUGCAGCUCCAUUGUUUAUAUCAGCUGAUCUUGACACAAUGAAACAAUGGCAAAAAGACAUUCUUCUCAACGAGGAGAUAAUUGCUGUCAAUCAAGAUGUGCUAGGCAAGAUGGGAAGAAGAGUGUACAAAGAUAAUAAUCAGCAAAAUUGGGUUCGAUAUUUGGACAACAACGCUGCAGCAGUUGCCAUUAUGAGUUUAAGAACUGACAUUCCUGUUUAUAUGGAAGUGACAUUUUCUUCAAUUAACAUGAAAGGUCCUUUUCACGUUCGUGACUUGUUCUUACACGAAGAUCUUGGUGUUUUUAAUACUUCAUUUAAAGCAAUUGUUGAUCCUGUUGGUGUUGUUAUGGUUAAACUUACACCAAUGGCUUAAUACCUUUUUCCUAUUGUUACAUUAAAUGCAGUAUUCAUCAAAAGUGACUAACUCAUGGUGCGCAAUUUAUUUGUUCAUAUUUUAAAAUUUUUUAUUGUAAAAUUUCUCAAGUUUUCUGGUUUUUCAUAAGUUAAGAAAAUCCCAGAAUGUUUUGUACUUUUUUAUAAUUGAUUUUUUUUUAUAGUAUAUAUAUAUAUAGUUAUUAUGUUAUUAUUACUAUGUUGUAAAGAUUUGUUUUUAUUCAAAAAUGUGCUUAAUACAAAAAUAAUCUAACAAAAUUAAACGUGUUUUAAUUUUUUAAUCAACUAUAUCAUAAUUACAUUUACUCAACUUUUUUCUGGUUACUAGUCAUUUUAAGUUAAUUUUUUUUUCGCUUUAUCUUUUCAUUAUAUUUUACUUAUUUGUUUUGCUAUUGUAAAUAUCUAUAAUAAAUUAUGUUAACAGGCGGAGUCUGAAAUUAAUAUUUAGCUUGAUGUAACCAAAUAUUCAAUAUAUUCUUAGUACCUGUUAUAGUAAUUUUCAAAGUGA